AUGGCAAAUAAUGUUGUAGUUGAGACACAUUAUACACAAAAUAUGAAUCGUUCAUUAGCAGCAGAUUCUGAAACAUAUCAACAAUGUAAUUAUCAAACAUUUCAAAUGCUUGUUCUUUCUGUUGUUGAUCCAUUAAAUACUGAUGAAGUUCGACUAAAACAUCUUCAUAAUAUUGCUGAAAAUAUUGAAAUUCUAUCGACUGUACCAAACUAUGCAAUAUAUAUUGAUUUAUUAGUUAAAAAUCUGCUUAGAUCGUUAAUUGAAACAGAUACUGUAUUUAUCAUACCUAGUAAUGCACAAACAAUUCGAAAACAAAUAAUUGAAAUUUUUCAUCGUUUACCAAUAACUGAAGCACUACGUGGAUUUGUUAAAGAUAUUCUUUCUCCAAUGUUUAAAUUAUUAACAAAAGAAAAUGAAGAAAAUGCAUUACUUUUAUUACGUAUUAUUGUUGAAUAUAUGAAACAAUUUCGUCCACAAAUGAUUAUGGAAGUUCGUGAAUUUCUUCAAUUUGUUCAUAAUGUUUAUCGACAAAAAGCUUCAGCACUUGAUCAAAUUUUUUUAACAAAAACAUUUUCUCAUCCAACAUUAACAAUUAAUGAAAUUGAUUUAUCAGCUAUAAUUGAACAAAUAUGUACAUCUGUUAAAUUAAUUGUUAAAAAAAUUCAAAAUUUUCCAGUACAAUCAUCAAUAACAACUGAUGAAACAACUAAUUCAACAUCACAUAUCGCAUCAGAUACAUUUACAAUUCUUUCUCGUGCAUCACAUUCAGUAAAAUUAUUAGCUGAAUUUCCAGUUGCUAUCGUUCUUCUCUAUCAACUUUGUCGACAAUCAUUACAAGCUGAAUUUGGUGAAUUAGUACCACUGUUUUUAAGAUAUCUUACAUUACAACCUAGCAAAGAACAAAAAAAUGAUCCGAAAUUUAAUAUGGAAAUUUACAUUGAAUUUCUUACAACACAAGCAAAAACAUUAUCAUUUCUUGCUUUUGUUGGUAAAACAUAUCAGGAACAAUUGGCAUUAAAUAGUGAUUUAUUAGUGAUUGCAAUUUUUCAAUUACUUGAUGGUUGUCCACCUGAAAAUGUUCAAUUACGAAAAGAUAUUAUUGUUGCUGCUCGACAUUUUGUUUCGUCAGAUUUUCGAACAUUAUUCAUUCCACAUGUUAAACGAUUUUUUGAUGAAAACUUAUUACUUAGUUCGGGUUAUACUGCACGUGAAACACUUAAACCAUUAGCUUACAAUACAUUUGGAGAAUUUUUUAAUCAUAUUCGUGCAAAUUUAUCUAUUGAAGAUCUUCAAAACGUAUUAUAUAUGUAUUCAAAAAUGAUUCAUGAUUCAAGUUUACCACCAACAAUACAAGUAACAAGUUUAAAAUUUUUAACAAAUAUUGCAGAAUCAAUACGUCAAAAAGGAUCGGAAAAAUCUCGUGAUCUACUUAUACAUGUUGUUGAAACUCUUGUUUUUAAAUGUAAAAGUUUACCUAAACAAUGUACUCAUUUAUCUACUACAUCCAAUGAAAAAUCAAAUUCUUCGACGAUUUCAGCUGUUAAUGAAGUUGAUGUAACAACUAGUACAUUGAAUGAACUUGUUCAAAAUAUGAAUGAUAUAACAAAUAGAGAAAAAGAACUUCAACGGCAACAGGUAUUGAUUCAUUAUAAUGGCUAUAUUCAAAAACAACGUUCAACAUCAAUUUCUCUCAAUGAAUCAAAAGCGAAACAUUUUAAACGAACAAUUUCAUUUGAAAAUAUACGUCGUUUAUCAGUUGAUAAACUUCCAGAAAAAUUUCAACGUGAUUCAACCAAUCAAAUAAAAUUAAUUGAAUUAAUUAAUGAUGAAAUAAGUUUUCUAAAAAUUCUCUCAUCAAUACAAUUAAAACCAAAUGAUUUAUUUGAUUCUAUAAUACAAUUUUUACAUACAAAUAAUUCAAUUCUUAUUGAUACAUUAGCACAUUAUUUAUUUAUUGAUCUUUUACCUAGAAUUCUUCGUAUUAUAUCGGAAAAAUAUCGUAUUAUUUUAUUUCAACAAAUAAUUCAACCAUUUUUUGUUAGUGGAACACAUUUACAACAACGUGAUUUAUAUCCAUAUAGUUCAUUAAAUACUUUACUUGAAGCUUUUUAUGUUAUUUUUAAAAAUAAUAAUAAUUUAUCCGAAUUCGUACCUAUUAUACGACCAAUUAUACUUAAAUAUAUUGCUAAAACACAUAAUACAUGGCAUAGAAGUAUUUUAUUACUUGAACAAUAUAUAUUAGAUCAACAACCAAAUAAUGAGCUUUUAACAAAUGAUGAAACCUAUAUUGAAUCAUUAAAUUCUCUCGGUGAAUUAUAUGAACAUUUAAAUGAAGAUGAUUAUAAUAUAAGUCUUUGGUUACAUCGUCAAUUUUCACCAAAUAUUAAACUCUUAGUUUCAAAUGCAUUGCAAUAUGAACAACUUGGUCUAUUUCAACAAGCACUUGAUUAUUAUACACAAUCAAUAAAACAUCUCCAUACAAAUCAAAUUUCAUCAUCACCAUCAUCAACAUUAAAUAGAUUUUCUCAAUUAGAUGAAUAUUCAUUUCUUGAACAACAUUGGAUAAAAUGUACUAAAGAAUUAAAUCAAUGGGAAACAUUAACAUCAUAUUGUAAACAACAAAGUAAUCGUGAUCAUUUACUUUAUCUUGAUUGUAUAUGGAGAUCAGCUAAUUGGUCAUUAAUGAAAGAAACUCUUGGACAAUUAGAUGCUAUGUGUAAUGGUACAAAUAUAAAUUUAACAAAUUCAUCUAUUCAAACAUUUCAAUUUUUAAAUCCAAAUCCAACAUUAACACAAUCAACAAUAAUAUCAAAUAUAUUAACAAUAAAAGAUUUUCAAUGGAAAUUUGCAUUAUAUCGUUGUUAUUUAACAUUAUGUUCAACAAUAACAAAUACAGAUGAUCCAACAAUAUAUCAAACAACAAUGAAUAUAACUGAACGUUUAAUUGAUUAUUGUUCAUUAAAUGCAUUAAAAGAAUGGAAACAUUUACCAAAUUAUAUAUCAAAUUCACAUUUAAAUUUAUUACAAGCAUCACAACGUAUUAUUGAAUUACAAGAAUCUGCACAAAUUUUAUUAAAUAUUCAAACAAAUACAAAUAAUAAUAAUACAUCAACAUCAAUUAUAUCAACAACAACAAAUGGUAAUACAUCAACAACAACAACAAAUAUUCGACAAACAACAAAUAUUCAUGAAUUUAAAACUAUUGUUAAAACAUGGAAAAGUCGUUUACCAUUAAUUAAUGAUUCAUUAAGUUAUUGGAAUGAUAUAUUUACUUGGCGUGAAAUACAAUAUAAUACAAUUAGUACACAAUUUGAUAAAGAUCUUAAUGGAACAAAUCUAUCAGCUGGAAAUAAUAUUAAUAAUUCAAAUACAAAUACAGGACAAGUUUUACUUGGUAUUCAUGCUGUUGCUCAAUCAAUUACACAAUUGGCUAAAAUUGCACGAAAACAUCAUAUGCCAAAUAUUUGUAUGGAAAUUUUAUCAAGAAUUGGCACUGUCAUACCAAGUGUACCAGUCGUUGAUAGUUAUCAAAAAAUUAAACAAAUAAUAAAAUGUUAUUUAGUUUUAUUUUCAACAUUAUCUUCAAAUGAAAUUCAAGAUAUAUUUGAUAUAGUUGAACAAGCUAAUACAAAAUAUUUCAAUAAAGAUAUGAUGAGUGAAUUUUAUUCAUUAAAAGCUGUUGCUUAUUCAAAAUUAAAUCAUAAUGAUGAAGCUCAAAAACUUUUUAGUUGUGCAACACAAUUAUCAGAUGCAAAUUUAACUCGAACAUGGAUUAAUUGGGGUGAUUUUCUUCUUAAACAAUCAUCUAUUAUAAAUGAUGAUGAAUCAAUUAUAAUUUGUUAUUUAAAUGCAUGUAAAGAUUUAACAGAAAUCAAAGCACGUUCAAUAUUAUCAAAAAUAUUUUAUUUACUUUCACAUGAUAAUGAAAAUAAUAAUAAUAAUAAAUUAUCUAUAUGUAUUGAACGUUAUUUAUCAUUAAUACCAGUUCAACAUUGGCUUUUUUGGUUACCACAAAUAAUGAAUAAAUUAAUACGUAAUGAAUCAAGUCAAUGUAUGUUAGCUAUAUUAAAUGAAUUAAUACGUUUAUAUCCACAAGCUGUUUAUGUACAAAUUAAAAAAUCUUUAAGAAAAUUAAUUGAAAAUAAACAUGAUGAAAAACUAAUACCAUCAACACCAAUAACACCAUCAAUUGAUAUUAAUUUAAAUUUACCAAUAAUAUCAUAUAGACAACAAGCAAUUAAUAAUUUAAAUCGUUUAGAACAAAUUUUACUUGGACAACAUCCAACAAUUGUACGUAUAUUAGAUAUUAUUAUUGAACAAUUAAAUACAAUAAAUGAAACUUUAUUUGAAUAUAUAAUCAAACGUUUAUAUCAAUGUCAAAGAAAAAUUUAUGAAGAUUUAUUUGAAAAUAAAAAAAAAUUACCGGAAGAUGUUAAACAAAUUAUUCAACAUUUAAAAGAUAUUUUAAAUAAUGAUGAUAAUGAAUUUAAAAAUAUACAACAAAUUAAAAUACAAUUUUUAAAUGAUUUUAAUGAAAGUGUACUUAACACUACUCACAUAUCUCGAUCAUUCGUUCUUCUAAUCAAUAAAUGGAUAACUGUAAUUGAACGUCGUAUUGAACAAACCGAACCACGUAUAAAACAUUUAAAUCAAAUAAAAUAUUUACAAUUAUUAUCAUUUAAUUCUCAAAUAACAAAUGAUAUAAAUAUGCCCGGUGAAUUAUGGCAUGCACCUGAAGCAAAUUUUUAUUUUCGUAUAAAUAAAUUUUUUCCGACAAUUGAACGUAUAUUUAAACAUGAACGUUAUUUUAAUCGUUUAACAAUACGUGCACAUAAUGGUAAAAUAAUGUAUUAUCUUUUAUCAAAUAAUUAUCAAACAAUAUCAUAUGACAAAAUAAAUUCUCAAUGGGAAUUAGAAGAAAAUACAUUACAAUUUCUUAAAAUGAUUAAUAAUAUAUGUAUACGUAAAGAAAAAGAAUUAUUAAAACGACAUAUGCAAAUAUUUUUACCACAUUUAUGUACAUAUUUAUCAUCAUUACGUUUAAUUGAAGAUAAUCGUUUAACAAUAAAUUUAAUUGAAAUAUAUAAUAAUCGUUUAAUGUUACCAAUAAAAAAAUAUUAUGAAUUAAUUGAUGAUAAUAAUGAUAAUUUAUUAAAUAUUUAUCAAUUAAUACAAAAUGAAUUUUUUUCAAAUAAAUAUUUAUUACAUCAAUGGACAUUAAAUGAAUAUACAAAUGCAACAGGAUAUUUUUCAUUUCGAAAAAUUUUUACAAUAUCAAUGAGUUUUUAUUCCACAUUAAAUUAUUUAUUUGGUUUUUAUAUGUAUACAAAUAAUCAUUUAAAUAUACAACGUUCAAUAGGAAAUAUAAAUCCAUUAUAUCUUAGAUUAAAAUAUGAUUUAAAUAAACAAGAUGAAAAUAUUUUUUUAACACCCAAUAUUGAUACAUUUAUUAAUCGUUUUGGAAAAAUGGGACCAUUUAUAGCAACGAUUUUAUCAACAUUAACAUCAUUAGCACAACCUAAAUAUCAAAUUAUUGAAUAUUUAAAGAUUUUUUAUAAAGAAGAUAUACAUAUGAAACAUCCUGAAUUAACACAGAAAGAAUGUGUUGAACUAGUCGAAAAUAUUGCUCGUCAAUUAGAAACAAAGCUGAACCAAUUUACUGAUAUUGAUGUAUCAAAAAGAAUAGUUUCUGAACUUGUAGAAAAUUCUACAGAUAUCAAUCAACUUUCACGUCUCAAUCCACUUUAUUAUCCUUGGUUAUAA